GCCGGCGCAGCAGCAUCAGUAAACGACCAGCACUCGCGAGGUGCGCACACGCAACACUCGCAGCAGAAACAAGCCAAACACAACAGAAACGAUCAACACACUGAAAAGCUACAAGCUCCACAAAGCCCCAGCCAUGUAUCUGGAUACGAAAAACCUGACCGCCAGCGGAAACACAUCCACAGUGACAGUGUCGGACUCGAGCUCGAAAUCUCUGCGGCGCAUGCGCAAAGUAUGGCUGCCACUUCGCAGACUGUUGGCAGUGGGUGGCAAGGGUCGACCCACCCACCCGACCUUGGCCCAUCCCAACAACGUGGAUCUGAACAACACACAGUCGCAGCAGCCGCAGCAACCACAAGAGGAGGCGGAGAGCAAGUCAACUCCCGAGGAGCUCGUCCACAAAUAUGGCUUGGAACUGCGCACACAGCCCCUGGAGGAGGAGGUCUCACUUAUGCAACCGCCCAACACGCCCACUUUGAUCAGCAGUGUCUACGUGGAGAAGGUCAGCUCCCAAGGAUGUCGAAACUGUCAACACGGACGCAACUGCCAGCACACACAUCACAACAACUCCAGCAGCAGCAGCAGCAACAUCAACCUCAACAUCAACACAUCAACAAGUGCAACACAGUUGCCCAGCGCCUUCUGGGAUCUGCAGUUGCCAUUGCAAUACCUUAGCACAGACAACGGCACCUUCUUUUGGGCCAACUCCCAGGAGCGAGUGGACGACGAUCUCCUGAACGCCUGGCUGUGUCAGAGUUUCAGCCAACUCCCCGGCACCCUGUGUUAGCCAAUUCAGAAUCAAUCAUCACCGAACAGAUCUCAAUCACAAGGGGGUUACACCCCUAAAUAUUUUAAUUUCAUUUAUUUAUUUUCCUGCGCAAUACUUACCGUUGUUAAUGUGAUAUUAAUUUGCAUAUAAAACAAAAUAUAAAGACAUAUUUACCAUGAAAAUGGCCAGAAAA